AACUUCAAAAUAGCAACCGGAAACCUGACUCCUUCCCCUCUGUAGCAAAUUAUUAUUCUCAGACCUUGUCACGGAUCAGUCCGCAAAGCUCUUUCUCAGCGUAGCUGGCAGGUGUGAUUGCUACUGAUAAUGUGCCAGCAGCCCCUGACAUCCUUGCGUUGCUGUUGGUCCACAGUGUCUCUGGUUCUCUUCUUCCCAUUGAUCCCAUAACGGCGUCCCCUUAGCCAAACCUGCUUUUGUUUCCGGAAGGUGGACAAUGGCGGGCUACGGCCACGAGCAGGGGAAGAGGAGUGACGAACGCGGCUUGGGCAGCGUGGUGGACUUCCUGCUGGCCAAUGCCAGGGUGGUCUUGGGCGUCAGCGGAGCAGCUGUGUUGGCCAUUGCAACGCUGGCUGUGAAGAAGCUGAUAGACCGAGCCACCAGCCCACCAGACGAUGACGACGACAUAAAAGCCAAGCAGAAGUCCUUCGAGGAAAGCUGGCAGGAACUCAGCCUGAUCAAGGCGAUGCCCAAGACACGGCGGGAAGACCUUGAGGAGCCACUGCUGUCUCCAGUCCGGGGAGUGACUGCACAAGAACCUGACAGUCAUAUCUUGUCCUCUGUGGUCCCUCCGGUGGAAUUGAGGGCCCUGUUGUGCCUCACACUGCAGGAGAAGCUUCUCUCAUUCUUCAGGGACCACAUCUCCAUGUCAGAGAUGGAAAAGGCUAUGGGGAAGCAGCUGGCAGGGGACAUCUGUGCUGAGUUGCAAAGCUUCCUGAAAAACAAGUCUUCGGAACUGCCCUUUGGGAAUAUAUUCCUUAGUGGCUACCUCUGCGAUGACCUCGUCGGCCGCAACCACCUCGAAGUUGACUUCAUGCUUCCCUUAGUGCUGGAAUCUAAUCUCUGGUGCCUGAUCCCAGGAGAACAGACUGUCGUGAAUAACCCCUGCUUCGGGAUGAUCAAACGGACCGGUCUGGAGUAUUUCCCGCGGGGAAACAGCCCCUGGGACAGGUUCCUUGUGGGCGGGUAUCUCUCGUCCAACACCGUCAAUGACGCCCUCCAUAAGAUAUUGGUGGCCUCCGUCAACUGGCCUGUCAUCAGCAGCAUGUUGGAAUGCGUGGUCAGGCCUGUGAUGGCUCCCAAGGAGCUCAAGCUGGAGGUGAGGUAUGAACAGAUCCAUCUGGACGUAACCCUCUGCCCCAUGAUAGAAAUGGGGGAUAAAAUUCUGCUCGCUGCAUCUUCUGAAGAACCUGUGGAGAACCUUUGGCAGCUAAGCUUUUACGCGGCAGAGAUCUCCAAGAUUAAAGACCUGGAUGCCGGAGAUUCAGGCGUCCGGCAAUCUUGUCUCAAUAUCUUGAAGGUUAUCUUUGAAAACCAUCCCUUCUGGAGCAAGCUGGCUGGCAGUCCUUUGACUCACGUCAUCCUGCACUUGAGCCAAACCGAACUUGACUGGUCAGAAGCAGCGUUGGCUGAUAGGUUCCAGCAGGUGCUGGAAGAGCUGGUCCAGUACCUGGCGAAAGGUUCCCUGCCUUGCUUUUUCGACAGCAGGAUCAACCUUUUCAGCCGCCUGCCCUUGGAGGAGAUAGAAGAGAUCGGUUGUACCUUGUACGAGGCUUUAGCGGAGCCAGACCUGGCGACUGGACUGGGAUUAUAAACACAUGACCCAGUUGUGGCACUUUGUCUACUUUGGGGGUUGAGUGGCAUGGGAGAUUCUUGUCCGCUCAUCCCCAAUGCAGUUCUUUGCACCUAAUGAAAUGAAAGUAUUAGCUCUUGCAGUAAAGUGGUCCUGGGUUGUAAGAGCUAUUUUCUUCUCUUCUCUCCCAGAUCUUGAAAUCUAGGGUUGAUGUUGUAAUUCCCCCAUGGUUGGAUCCUGUGCUACUGUAGGAAUUGCCAAGCCAGAUUGGAAGGUUGAGCUUCCGUAGGGGGAGAAACACCCACCCACCCCACUGGCUGCAUCAUGGGGAUUUGGUGUGAUUUCCCCCUGCCCCCUCCUACUUGGUUUUCCCCCAUCACUCUGUAACAGGAGUAGGGUGAGAUGGAGCAGUAACCUUGAAGACGUCCCCACCCCCCACCUACCCCAUGUAAGAGCCGGCACCAGGGACCAGUUUUGUGGAAGAGAAUUUUUCCACGGACCGGGGGGGGGGGGGUUGAGGGGAUGCUUUUGGGAAGCCACGUCCGCCCCCGCCCCCACUCCAACGUCCUGGCUUUGCUUCGGCUGGGUGGUCGCCCAGCCAAAGCAAAGCCAGGAUGCUGGGGCAGGCGGCUUCGGAACGGCUUGCCCAGAAGUUGCUCUCCCAGAGCAGCUUCCGGACGGGUGUGCCGUUCCAAAGCCACCCACCCCACCCGUGUCCUGGCUUCGCUUCAGCUGGGCAGGCGAGAUGGCGUCCUGCGCUCAGGUACACUGGGGUGGGGGUGGGUUGGUGAAAGCAGCUCACCUGCGCGGCCCGGUUCCUAACAGGCCAUGGACCGGUACUGGUCCGUGGCCUGGGGAUUGGGGACCCCUGGUCUACCCAAUGUCUCUGAGCUGUGCUGUGUCUGCUUUUUUUGCACAACUUGGAAGUCCUGGAAAAAAUACCUGGGGUGGAUGGAUGCAUAAAUUGGAAAUUGGAAGCAGCGUAGGUUCUGCCAUAGAUGCUGAGCCAGUAAUUUCCCCCUAAUCUGCUGUGCA